AUGAUACUGAACUUCGUAAAAGAGUUCUUCUCGGGUCUUAGCAUCUUCCUGGCUAACAAUGUCGUUGUUGCUCUUGCUUCUUCACAAGACUUAACUCCUGGAUUGAAGCUUACAACUGCCUCAACAAUAGCAACUGGUGUAUUGUUAGGGACAUAUGAAGAUAACAGAUUUAAAUCUGAGUCAAAGAAACCUUCUCUCAAGUCAAUUGGCUUUCUUAACCUUGAAGGGGUAUUAGCGGAAGAAGCUGAAAAGAUUGCUUCAACAAUCGAUUGUGAUAAGUUAUCUGAUAUAGGGUUUGGGACAACGGAUUGUUUAGGACAUGUUGCCCUUGUAACCGAGCUCAUGAAGAAGACAAAGCCAAAACUUAAAUCCAGUGUGGUUGCUGUUUACAUGAAUGUGGUGUGA